AUGCCGUCCUCCAAUUUCAGCAGCUCCUCUUCAUCCACCGCUGCCGGCGAGAAAUCUCGGAUUCCUCCCGACUACGAGUGGAAGUACCACAGCGGUCAUGAGUCCAGUCGCCUCUGUUCCUGCAAGACUUGCUCCUGUGGUGCUGCUGUCCCCUACGCCGGCGACCUCUGUGACGACUGCUCCAAGCCACACUAGGACAGACGUGUUCUUUGGUUGAUUUUGAGAGGGCCGUCUUGGUGUCGGAUAGGUAGACUCUGUGGGAGGCCUGUUAUGUUCUGAGAUGGGUGUUGGUGUUCUUUCUGUGGACUCUGUGUCCGGAUUCAAGCAGCUGGUGCCUCUGAUAGGACCGGAGAAGGAGUUGCUUUAACAUGUUUUGCACCAUUCUUCCAAGCAAUGUACCUUUCCUCGGUUUCUUUCUCUCUGCUUUCCUCACGCCAGUACUUCAUUCCCGACACGCUUCUGGGCCCUGGGACCACGAGGCCGGAUCCUAUUCUUAUAUCUCUACAACGAGCAGACGGUAACCCAUUAUCGCGACCGCUACUCCUAUACCAGUCCGGUCCUGUCCUCCCCGGAUUUCCAGAGACUUGACAUCGGCACCCAAACAACCUGUACUGGGUCUUUGCCAGCUCCUUCUCCUUUCGAGCCCUUUCUGCCUUGCGACACUUUGGGCGGUCAUCCUGCGCUCCUCUCCAGAACAGCACCUCCACCGCUCCUCUCCGGAACACCACCUCCACCGCCUUGACAACCAUGUCCCAGUCAAGUCGUCAUGGGGUGCCACAACGAACUCGUUGCAGUCAACUUCCAGUGCCUGGUUUCGUCGACAGAGGACUGGGUGCGUGUCGCGGGUACCCUCUGGCCUAGGAUCUCGUCGGUACUAUCCUCGGAACGAGGAUCUCAAACCAGCCAGAUUGCCCUCAUGAAAUCACUUUUCUGAAGAAAGGAGAUUUAUGGGUUGGCAACGAAGGUGUGGGUAAAAUUGAUGAUAUCGGUGAUGUAUGGAAGGAGGACAGAACGGAAAAGGCUGUGGCCCAGGUUGCACCCUUCGAAUCAUUUUUCUGUAUCAAUACACAUUGUACCAUUAUAUAUUGAUCCAGUCCGUCUAGACGUGUCUAGUUUGUUGUGAGCGUUUACCAAUCCCCACCGCCCCCCGAAUAAUCAAUUCCAUUAUACGCCAAUGCAUCUGCACUUCCCUCUCCCUUGUCCUUGACCACGUGCGUGAGAGCAGCAUCCAUGAGCCUCUGCCUCACCUCCUCGGCCGUAUGAGCCCCAUAGACCAUCAUGAAAUACGCCGCCAGCCUAGCAACAUGCGGAGCAGCCAUGUUCGUCCCGCUCAUCACCGCACUGGCAUGAUUAUCUCCAAACCCAGCCGACAUGACGUCCACCGCGGGAGCAAAGAUAUCAACCCCCUUCCCAUAACUGGAAAACCCAGCUCUGGUACCAUUCUGGUCCGUGGCCGCAACAGUAAUCGCAUCAGGACACAAAGCAG